GGACUUUGUUCAGUUUUCACUUGUCGGUGUCUGCCAGGUGUGUCCGCACAUCCACAUCAUACACUCUAAGCUUAGAGUCAACGGGCAGACAGUCAGACAGUCAGAUCAGCGCAGUCACUUCGUGCAUGCAGCCAGCCAGUGGAGUCAGUAAGUGGUACAAGUGAGGUGUGUGAGGUUAGCUGGGGGUGGCAUGGAUACCUAUGCACACGUGCAUCGGAUGGAGUGCAUCACAGACAGCGGCGAGCAAAGAGGGGGUGUAUGUCAUGCAGGCGGCCACAUGCAGAAUCCACUCACUGCGUUUAGUAAGUGGCGGGAAGAGGUGACGACACACACGACCGACCGACCGACCGACCGACAGCAAUUGUUCCCUCCAAAUGUGAAACGCUAGCUAAAGCCUCCAUCCACCCCGUUCCCUCCGACUCGCCUUGCCUGCCUUGCCUUCCCACUGGUGGGGCUCAAAAACGCCCAUGCACCCUGCCUGCCAGCCACGAAGACAGGCAGACAGACAGACAGGCAGGCAGGCAGACCGGCGGCCUCACGGUGUCCUAUCGUACAAGUUAUAUACGAAUGUGUUUGUAUGUACCGAUCUAUGAAUGUAUGUAUGUAUGUCUGCAUAUCCAUAUAUAUAUAUAUAUGAGAUUCAGUCAUGGAUCACGUAAGUAUGGAUAGAGGGCGACAGACGCGCAGAUUGCUGUGAGCGUGUGAUCGUUCGGUGUCCGCUCCGAUGCUCAGCAAAAGAUCAAGAUGGGUAGAUAGAUAGGUAUACAGAUGCCUGUGAGACUUGAAACAGAUCCUUUGCUCCCCCCAGUGAGCUCAUUCUCUCUCCUCUGUUGCCUCCAAAACGGCCCACCGACCCUCGAGACUCGACACACGACAUGAACAAAAUUUCGCAUCCGACGCACGCACUGUUCGUUUCUCUGCCUGCUUCCGCUUUUCUCGCCUCCCUUCCUCGCUCCCUCCGAUCUUAAAAGCAGCUCAGCCACCGUCCAUUUGUCGUCCCUGACCGAUCGCCCGACGAACACAUGGCUGGCCACACAUCCUGACUGACACUCAGAUUGACAGAAGGGAGACCGAGCCAGCCUUAAAAGAAGGCGGAGGCCUUCAUUAGAAGGGCCACUGGUCUCCUCUGCCCGACAGACGCACAACGCCCAACACGCCGCCGACACACAGACAGUCGUUCAGAAUGGAGAAGAAAAACGAUGUAUGGAUGGAUGGAUGGAUACAGACAGAUGCAGACAGACAGACAAGGAGGCCUGGCUGAGCGGACACGAGUGAGGAGAGGAGAAGUGGGCGGAGUACAGAGCAGUGACGGACGAGUGAGUGCAUUCAUGUCAUGUGUGCAGCAGCAGCACGUAAGUAGUCAGGGAGUUAGCGCACACGCACAUGAAAAACUUUAGUUAGGCCUGAAAGGCAUGACCUCCCGAUCGUGCCUUUCGGGCCAUUGAUUGCACCACACCUGGCUGGCUCACCGGGAGAAAGAGGGAGAGAGGGAGAGAGUCGUCAAGCCAGGCAGGCAAGUGGAUCGAAUUGCAGGCAGACAGGCAGGCCACUGUGGGACAAAAAUAACCCCUUGCUUACCCCUCCGAAGUAUUGAUGUGAUGUCUUUCCACAGUAAGGAUGAUGUAUGUGUGACAAAUCACGUGGCAUUGCUGACCGACUGACUGACUGACUAAUGUACACGCCGCCAUGCUCUUCUACCGAAGGCCUUCGCUCCCACAACGCACCCUCACACACGAACGAAAGCAGAGGGCCAGAGGGAAGGCCGACCAGCACCGGCAGACUGCCAGGCGGGCGAGCAGAAGAGAUGAUGUGCGAUGGCUGGCUGUGCUGGACACCCACCCCAUCGCUCGGGCCCCCAUCAAUCCGUCCCUCCCCCACUUCUCAUCUCAUAUGGAUACAUACGUACAGAUAUCUAUCUAUCUAUGUGGAGGGAGGGAGGGAGUUAGGUACAAACAUUCAUUCACGGAUGUAUACACAUAUUCAUUCAUAGGCUCUCUGAGUGAGUGAGUGAGUGAGUGAGGAGGGAGGGACGUACAGACAGACAGAGGCACAAGUCAGUCACUCAUUCGUUGGUUGGUCAUGCACUCUUGUUCUUGCAAAACCGAUCUGUACAAAACUGCAGGCAGCCAAACCCAACCCCUCCCUCCCUCCCUCCGUGCGCACCCCUAGUCAAUCGCUCUCAAUGUCCAUCCAUCCAUCCAUGGGUGUGUAGAAGGGUAGCUAUGAUAUUACGCAUGCGUCAUCCUGCGGUCUCUGUGUGGGUGGCGAUGCGGCGAGUGCGUUGGCCAUGGCGCUCAUGUAAGUGCCCUUGCCGAUGACGGCCCUCCGCUCCAGAUCGUGCAGGUGGCCCAGUGAGCUCCGCAGCGGCAGGGCCUCCAUCUGGUGGUGGCGACUCUGCAGGUCUUGGAAUGUCAGCUGGCGACCAGCCGGGGGGUCAGGACGGUCCUCAAACACAAUGUGGAUGUCGCACAAUGGCAUGCUCAGCAUCUCGUCGCGGAAUGAAACCUGCCCCCAUACAUCCAUCGACAGCGACCACAUGGGCAUACCAAUGAAUGCAUAUCAUCCACCCCACCAUUAAACAGAUUGGUGGGACCCCCCCGCCCACCUUGUGUUUCUUGCCGUUUCUCGAUAUCCGUGUGCCGUGUGCGUCGAAGCGCAUCUUCCUGCCCCGCGCGUCGAACUUCUGGAGCCGACCGAAGCUAUCGGUGGGCAUGGGCGGCCCGUGCACCGAGGACAUCUUGAAGGCCUGCUUGCCAAGCGGCUUCUUAAGCCCCUGAGCCGCCCCGCCCUUGCCCUUGUCCUCAGUGUGGAUUGUGUACCCCCCCCCACCGUUCCCCUUUUGGCUGAGUCGGUCCAGGAAGCCGUCCUUGCCCUUGUGCGCAUGCACCCAUGCGAUGCAGGUGUGGGGCGACUUGACGCUGGGCGGGGGCUGGAGCCGCAACGCACCUUCCGAGCAUGCAGUCGACACCUCCGAGUAGUCGGAUGGCGGCUGGGAUGCAGAUGACCCACACUCAGUGGGCGAUGCGGACGAGUCGACAGUGGAUGACGAACCGGCCUUGUCCAGGGCCGUUCGAUGGCCCUCGUGGGAGUCCAGACUCGCGCUGUGGCUCCGCUUGGUCUUAAGAAGCUCCACCGAGUCCACACGACGCAUGAACGGCCGAGCCACACACCCACUGUCAUCGUUCGCCGUGACAUCAUUCGUCGACAUGCCACCCACGGCAGGGUUGGGCACUGCAGGGGCAGCUGCAGUGAGCGAGAGACCAUUUGCCGUAUGUGUGGCCUCGUGGGUGGUGUCGUCGUGUGUGUCCCGCUGCGUCUCGAUGGCAAGACUGGUCAUCCGCCCGGUGAGGAGGCCGAUGGAGUGGCUCAUGAUGUCGGUGCUCUUGGCAGGGUAUGCCGUCGACCGCUGGUGGAAGGCCACCUCGCCCUUGUUGUGGGUCCGCAGCCGGAUCUCCCGUGGCGAAAAGGGUCUCAGGCUGAACUCACCACUCGAGCGAGACGAGGAUGAAAACGAGUCACUACGGAACAGACAGACAGACAAGCAACACACACGCACAUGAAUGACGUGACGUGCACCGACCGCAUCAGUGCUGACUGACUGACAAGACACAUCAGGGAGUGAGUGAGUCUCUGUGGGAGGGACGGCGUACCGUACCUAUCUGAGUAGGUCCGUACGGUUGACGGGUCGGGAAUAGGGGGGAGGGGCGAAUCAUCAUCAUCUGCAUCAUGAUCAUGCUGGACCCCUUCCCCCACACGACCACCCAUCUCCUCAGCCUGCUUCCGUGUCUCGGGGUCCUCCAUCUUGCCUCCCAACUGCCUCAAAAGCUCCCCGCCGCGGUGAGUCAGUCAGUCAGUAAACCAGCAGAGGAAUGAGAUGCCGGACGUGCUCAGUCAAUGCCUCGCGGGCUGAUGCGGCACUGCGGCGACAGGGUGGGAUGCGCGAUGUGCUUGGACCAGCAGCUGCGAUGUGUGAUCCACAAAAAUAACAAAUAACACAGCUGAGCAACAGUUGCAGCUGCGCAUAUGCGGUGGGGAGAUAUCCUUCGUCCUCACAAAAGGAGAGGGGAGAGGAGACAGCCGCGCU